AUGGCCGACCCCAAGCAGCUGCUGCAACAGCCAACAUCUAUGAGUAUAAGGAAGGGGAAGAGCAAUGUAGCAAAUCUCUUGACGCUAGUUGCGGGGGAUUUCAAUGCCAUUCGUGACCAUUCUGAUAGGCUCGGCAGCUUCACCUCUUGGAUCCCCGCUUUUGAUGAGCUUGCUUCUUGCUUAUACCAAGCUGGUCUCGAUGAUCUUAAAUAUGUAGGCCACAGAUACACUUGGUCAACUUCUGCUGGUACUUAUCGUAAACAGAGGAAGAUUGAUCGAGUCUUGAUUAAUGAUCAGUGGUCCAGAACCUUCUCUUUCUCGGACGCUACUUUCUUAGCACCAGGUGUUUCAGACCACACUUCAAUGGUUAUCAGAGUUGAGCUUUCAUCUUCUGGUAAGAAACCAUUUAAAUUCUUUAAUUGCUGGGUGUCCCACCUUUCAUUCCGGACUACUGUCACUCAGGCCUGGGAUUCACACAUCUCCGGCACUCCCAUGUUCAUCCUUUGUUGCAAGCUGAAGGCUCUUAAAGGUCGUCUGAAAAUUCUUAAUAGGGAGUCUUUCUCUGACAUAUCUGGGCGCACUGCUAGGGCAAGGGCAGAGUUAACUGAAACCCAAGAAGCACUUGCCAACAACCCUUCUAGCUUAUCUUUGGCAAAUCUUGAAAAGAUUCAACUUCAGGCAUUCUCGGAACUCAGAAUCCAGGAAGAAUUGUUCUAUAAAUAG